GGUAACGUGGGCUAAGACUCACUCCACUCCAGGGUGUAGACGCGAUACAGUGAUGCUGAGCACUUAUCAAGAUGAAAAUUGACACGCAGUUUGCAGUUUGGCUGAUUUGGAAAAUUGUUCCACAUGUGUACUGUGGCAAGCAACUUGCGCUGAACAAACCUGCAUGGAUGAGCAGCGUUUAUGGCCAGUCAACUUCCUUCAGUGCAGCUGAAAAUUCUGUAGAUGGCGAUCUUCGUACACACUGGGAUGAUGGAGUUUGCAGUGCAACUGAACACGGUGACAGGUCGCCAUGGAUUGUUGUGGAUCUCCUGGGACAGUACGAGGUCCACAAUGUCACCAUCUACAACAGAGGCGGCAGCACGUCUGUGCGCCUUCAUGACUUCGUGAUUGAGGUCUACAGGACAAACCCGUCUCGGUGUUCAACAGCAGCUCCAGCAGUCUGUAAAACGUAUGCUGGUGUCUUUGGCAGUAUUGAAAACGUAGUAUGUGACAAUGCAGUAUCAGGCAGGUUUGUUCGGAUUUGGAAGCCUACAACGUUAACGACUGACGAUAUUCUGACAGUCUGUGAAGUGGAAGUAUACGGAAUUAAGCCAGCUUCAAGAUGUCCUUCGGUGCGGUAUCAAAGGGUAAAUGGAAAGCGCCUGAACGCCCCAGGUGUAACGUCCUUUACUGAGCAGUUGAGGACGUCGUGUGUCUCACUGUGUCUGAUGUCCGAGACCUGUGUCGGUGUCAACUACAACGGUAGAACUAAAGCGUGUGAACUCAUCUCCCGACCCCAACCAACUGACACUGUUUCCCUGAUCCAAGACUCUGUCUUCUAUGGUGACGAUCUAUGUUAAGUAAAAUAUUCGAAGUCACCUUUUACCAAAAACAAAUGUAUAUGAUGUAAUCACCGGACAUGGCAUUUUUAUCCAACUGUUUAGCUAUUGCAAACAUAAUCCUGUUUCAGCUAAAUUGAUUGAAAAUCAUUAUGCAAUUUGAUUAUUGGCCUCAUGCAUGUUUUGAUACGACGUAAUGAUUCAAUUCCACAAUUUGGAGGUAUUUUGCAAAUUUUACUGAGAGAUAUACUUAGAACGUUUACAUUUACUUGCUAUUUGUUGUAACAUUUCUAUUUGUAUUGUGAACUUUUCAUCCCAUCUUUUGAAAAAAUAGUUUAAAGAGUCACUUUAUAAUACGUUACGAUCUAUAAAAUGUCAGUGAGCAACUUAUAUUUUCAGUGAUCGUGCCCAAAUGUAGUCUACAGUGUUAAUUGUAGUUUCACCCUAGCCUCAUGUAUAUAUUCACAAAAUUAAUAGUUUAUUUCGUGAAUUUUUCACUCAUUUUAGCGCACCUGUCUCAAUGUCAAAUGAACGACAUUUUGCGGCCUGUAUUUCCGGCGUCCGUUUGUUGACAUUAUGAACUGUUGAGCUACAACGCCAGUGACACUAUUUUCAAGUGUUUUUAUGGGAGUUCCCAGAUCUAAACCAUAUUGGAAAAUGUAGAUUCAAAGUAAUGUGUGUCAUGAAUAGGAUAAAAAGUAUUUGUUUCAGUUACAAAGAACAACAAAAUUGAUGUCUUGUGUUUUGCAUAGGAUGCACUAAGAGUGCAUAUUCUUAACAAUGCAGGUUACCCACUUUGUCAUAAUAAUUUCGACAUGGGAUGCGAAAAGCUUGUUUUAUUUGUCAGUAAUUUAUCUAUAAUCCUUGUAGCAAUGACCAGAGAUCAAGGCUACUACAUCCCGCCUGCUUACCAUCACCUAAUUGCUAAAUCCCUAUGUCCAUCCAAUUAACCCACUGGCUUUUAAUCAUCUCUAUCAGUCUGCUUGCUGACUCUGUUUCCAUUAGACAAUUCAUUUGCUUCGAAUUCACUGGCUCACAAUCAUCCGAAAGCAGCCUACGUGGUUGUUUACCCUGUCCCAUUAGCCAUUCACUGGCUUCUAAUCAUCUUAAUCAGCUCUCUGUGUCCAUCAAUCAAUUUACUGUAUAAACAUUGAUGUUAAUAAGUAUAUAUACCUAUGUUGUUCA